AUGAUGUCAUUCUUAAAGGUUUUCUUCCUUUUUGUGUUGUCUCGUCUUUUUAAUUCCUCUAAAAGCGACAACAGUCAAGUUUUGAAAUUUGAUGCAGCAAACAUAUCCAAACUACGAGACCCUAAAACAGGAUUUGGGUUGGCUAAAUUCAUCAAAGUUCUGAACAARACUCUGCACAUUCCACCAUUUAAAAUCCUUCAAGUGAAGGCGUACAAAGAGUGCCUUGUUGACUGUGCUGCAAACAGGCUAUGUAUCUCGUUAAACUUCUACAAAAUUGCUAACUCCCAAGGAUUGCACAGUUGUGAAUUGCUUGCAUCAGACUAUCUUAACAACACAGAACACUUUCUAAACAACACAGGCUAUCACCAUUUUACAACAAAGGUUUUGAAGAAAUUGACAAACUUAAUAAUUUGCCAUGGUAAUUCCGAGGCCCUUGGGAUGAAUGAUUUCCGCAUCAAUAACUCUCAAAUCACAGCCUCAACGUAUUAUGGCCCUUCAACUGCGCCAUGGAACGGAAGGCUGAACACAGAAAUAGGUAGUAAAGGCUGGGCACCCCAAACACAAGCUGUAGGAGAAUAUUUGCAGAUCGACUUCGGCAAGGAUAAAAUGGUUAGCAAAGUAGCUACACAAGGAAGAGGCCAUCCAGGAGCAAGACCUGGCACUAAUCAGUAUGUCACCAAAUAUUCAUUGCAAAUUAGUGCAAGUAUUCUCAACUGGGUGUCUUACAAUACAAGUGGAGCAAAAAUGAUUUUCCCCGGAAAUACCGACAUGAAUACGGUGGUUUCUCAUACGCUUUCUGCGCCAUUUGUCUCAAGAUACGUUCGCUUCGUUGUGGAAGAAUUUAAUUAUUGGCCAGCAAUGAGGGUUGAGCUUUACGGCUGCGGCUAAGCAAGCAAGAACAAGGAACAAGGUCCACAAGGACAUCGACUUUAUAUCUCAGAGUCAAACAUGCAGCAAAGUUAUGUUAAUUAAGUCAACAAAGUCUAGGUUUAUGUAACUGCACAUUGAUCUAAAAUGUUAGGUCCCGAAGAUUAAAAGCAUCACAAGUGAGAAUGGCUUCCGAAAAACUAAGUCACAUAAUAUAAAGAAAACGUACAUAUUAGUAGACGAAACUAGCAAAAAAGGAAGAGCAACAUGGAAUGG